ACUUACAUCAACUGCUGGCCAUCCUUUGCCUAACGGAUAUGAUGAUUCCCCACGUUGACUGAUCUCCUUCUUUUGCCGGACUUCAAUCGCAUGUUCGAUUUCCAGAUGCGGAGCAGGCUCGUUGGCCUAGAUUUUCACGUGUCCAUGUUCCGCUGGCUCUCUACCCAUGGUUAUAGCGUUUGGAUCUUGGUAACGAGUAUCAUAUAUCCCCAAUGCGGAUGAUCGAAAUUGGCAGGCUGUAUUAUUAUUGAUUAUUGCGCUGCGGUAUUGGUGCAGCGGUGCUGGGAACUUCCCCUCGUGCUACUUGGGGAGAGCAGCCAGCAGCAGCAGCGGAAGCCCCUUCUCCAGAUUUUUCAUUAGGCAAAAUCGCUACCGAGGGACAGGGGGUUGCGCUAGACUCGACCCCUAAGUCGAGAUCUCAGGAAUCAUGUCUGAAGCCGCCUUCUUUUACAACACCACCACCCAGAGACCCGAUCGAACAAAACCUCCUUCCGCCCACACGAAUAUCUCUCAGGUCUCCCAAGCACAGCCGGUGAAGCCAAUCUUCAAGAAGUCGCAUCCUCACUCGGCCAAGGACACGAAACAGUCGACGCGUCAACGUGCAUCGCCCAGUUCAACGUCCACAGACAGCCACUCGUCACACUCUGCACGAACGACACCUCACCAUCUAGAGUACGAGCAGGUUGAUCCCGAUUCUAUGCUCUCUACGCCGCUUCCGGACUACAAACACGCAGCAAAUCAGACCAACAAGGCAAGAGCCGCUGCUCAGGUUGCCCAAGCAAACCGGAAAUCGUCGAGCACAUCGGGGAACAGUGCAGAACGCAAACAUGCCCUCCAGGUCGCGGCCGCAGAGGCACGAGCUGCGGCGACCGCGAGGUUCGAAAGUGGAGGCAGAUCCAGCAGCCUUUCGAGCACAACAGGUUCCAGUGGUCUCACAGCGGUAACCUCGAGUGAUCCUCCUUCAGUCGACGAAUUUCUCGCACGGCCUUUUUCUCGCCGCAACGGUCGACGAUGUUUACGAGACAUGACUCUCCCGUAUCCGCUCCCUUGCGACCUGGCCGAAAUCCAUCGCCAAAUCCUUCGCACAAUGCUGUUAUGCCAGGUGUUCAAUGGACCUGUCUGCUCGCCAGCCUUCCAUACCAAGCCACCCAAGCGGGUGCUUGAAGUGGGUUGUGGCACCGGGUUCUGGAGCAUAAUGUGCCACAAGCAUUUUUCACGACUGGGAUUUUCCUCCAUCUCCUUUACGGGCGUGGAUAUUGCGCCGCUCGCUCCGCGCAUGGAAUCCGACGAUGACAUGAACUGGCGUUUUGUGCAACAUGAUUUACGGCGGGUUCCGUUUCCAUUCCGCGACGACGAAUUCAACUUGAUCAUGAUCAAGGAUAUGAGUUUGACGACUCCAACGACCGACAUGCAGCAGACAUACAUGGACGAAUAUCUACGAAUCUUGAAACCAGGUGGGACAUUGGAGAUUUGGGAUGGCGAUCACUCUCUACGAAUGCUGCUACCACAUGCGCCUCCAUCUAUCAGCGCCGACGACGAAGAAAGCGAAGACGAAGAACAGGUGCAUACAAAUGCCAUGGGCACAUAUACGUUGACACCGCAAACGCCUUUGGCGGCACCGCAGAGUACCUAUUUGAAUGACUACAAUACAUGGGUGUCAAAAGCUCUUGAAGCUCGGAAAUUGAAUCCAAUGCCCUGUACGACCAUACGACCCAUGCUUCUCCAGGAAUCGGAUCUAACCGAGAUUGACAGCCGGCGGCUAGCAAUCCCUCUUGGUGAAGUUCGUUGGGAGCGUGAAGGCGUGGGUGGAGCAGUAACACAGGGUACAAAUGGCCAUGCUAUUUCUUCCAAAGGUAAAUCUCGAGAAGGUGACCGGAAAACUUUGACGGCAGGUCAAGCUGCAUUGCGGAGGACAGCUCUCAUGACCGUUGUGCAGAUGAUCGAAAGUUUGGAGCCUCUCUUGCGUGAAGCUAGUGGUAAGGGCCAGGAUGAGUGGGAUCGCUGGCAGGGAAAUAUGAUGAAUGACUUGCUAAAGCAGAACGGCACAUCUUGGGGAGAAUGUUUGGAAGUCGGAGCUUGGUGGGCACGGAAGAAGAAGCCACCGGGUUGAAGAUUUGUUCAUGUAAAGUUGUUUGUGGCGUCUGAAGUCCAUGAGUGGUCGAGAGCCAAUUUACCCGGCGUGGCAGAUUAUCACGCGCCACAUGAAUCCUUUGUGGCAUUGCAUCUCCAUUUGGUUUUUCCGGACCGUGACGCCCGGUUGUACAUUUGGCGGGGUUGGGCUCCGAGGCAAGGAGCGAGAGACAAAGCAUGGUUCAAAUCUUGUCAUAUCUUUGACGCAAUGCUCGAUAUCUUUUCAGAUAGUACCUAGAUAUACCCAUUAGCAAUUACCCGUAGCAUUGUGAAAGGAAUAGUGUUC